AUUAACGGUCACUGAUUUUAUAAAUUUUAAUAAUAUGCACAAAAUGGGCCGAAAAAACACAAAAAUCUACAAUGUUUACGAAAAAUGCAAAAAUGAUAAAUGUGACAACCUCGCCUUCUCCUGCGAAUAAGUUUCCCCCGUCUGUUCACAAACAAACAAACAAGUUGUUGAGUGGUCUGCAUCAAUUUCUUGUUUGUGACUUCGAAUCCUUGUUUCGGCAAUGACAGCAUUAACCCAAAGUGUUCCUGAUAUGGAAGCGUUAAUAAAAGAUGGUUCCAAUAAGUCUGCUUUGACAUGCUUACACUGUCCAUCCCGGAUACUAAAUGCUUCUGUGGGCACAUAUGUUGAGAAAGAGUUCUCCUUGCCUGCAAUGACAAAGCUGAAGAGUCAAACAGACACUGAAAACCAUGUCCUCAAAGACUUCUGGAAAGUUUCAGAUAUGUUCCAUUUUGAAAAUGUAGGCUUCUCUCACACUGCCGAUGGUGUUAAGUAUCUCACUUGUGCUGAUUGUGAGAUGGGUCCUAUUGGGUGGCAUGAUCUUCAAACUAAGGAGAACUUUGUAGCUCUUUGUCGGGUAAAAAACUCUUAAAUAACUUUACCUUAAUAAAAUAUUUUUGAAGUCGUGUA